UGUGCGCUGUGCCCGCAGUCCUCCAAACCCAUCAUGGAGAAGCGACGGCGGGCGCGCAUCAACGAGAGCCUGGGACAGCUGAAGAUGCUCAUCCUGGACGCGCUGAAAAAAGACAGCUCACGGCACUCCAAGCUGGAGAAGGCUGACAUCCUGGAGAUGACGGUGAAGCACCUGAGGAACCUCCAGAGGGCACAGAUGGCCGCUGCUCUCAGUGCUGACCCCAGCGUGCUGGGCAAAUACCGGGCUGGUUUCAAUGAGUGCAUGAACGAGGUGACGAGGUUCCUGUCCACGUGUGAGGGGGUGAAUGCUGAUGUGCGAGCCCGCCUGCUGGGCCACCUCUCUGCUUGCCUGGGGCAGAUCGUGGCCAUGAACUACCUGCCACCCCCUCCUGCUGGCCAACCUGCACAUCUGGCUCAACCUCUGCACGUCCAACUGCCUCCUACCACCACCGGAGCGGUGCCGGUGCCGUGCAAGCUGGAACCAACCGAAGCUCUUUCCCCUAAAGUCUAUGGGGGUUUUCAGCUCGUUCCAGCCACCGAUGGUCAAUUUGCCUUCCUCAUCCCCAACCCGACGUUCCCACCUGGCUCUGGACCGGUUAUCCCACUCUACGCCAACGCCAACGUCCCAGUGUCCAAGUGGAGGCUCUGGGAACGCAUCCAGCACCCCAUCAGCAUCCCCUGUGCAGGGUUUGACAUCAUUUGGGCACAGGUGGUGCCCGCAUCCCAGGCAGGCAGCCCUAUUGCUGAGCGCAGGGAGUCCGUCUGGAGGCCGUGGUGACCAAUCCCACCCCUCAUCCCAAAAACUCUGCUUUGGCUCCGUUCUAUGGAGCCCUGUUGUGGUUGUUGCAUUUUCCUAAGCAGAUUUCAACAUGAGGAAAAAGGGGGGGGGGAAAAAAAAGGACCUCGCUAGGAACUCGCUAUUUAUUAUUCUCAGAGGUUGGGAUCUCGAUUUGUAUUUUUACUCCUUGAAAUGCCUUUAUUGAGAUUACUUUUUUUUUUUUUAAUUAAGGAGAAAUAAAUGAGAAAUAGUUUUGUAACAAAGAACUCAAAGUAUGAUGCCAAAGUUGUUUGUAUCCCGUCGGUCCGUGCGUGUGUUGCGUGUGCCUGUGUUGGAGACCUCCAAAAAAAGAACAAAAUAA